AUGAGGGACCGAUCAGGCAGUCUAUAUCACCUCCAACCCCAGCUGGAUGACAUCCUAAACGAUGUGGCCCCCUUCCCCUACACUCUGGGCGCAUUCAUUGCCUUCCUCUCCGAGCACCAAUGUCUAGAAACCGUCGAGUUCUUACUAGAAACCGAACGCUACCGACGCAUCUACCACUGGCUCGAGCAUAAAACCGAGACAUGCGAGGCCGUCCGCAAGGCCCAUCUCUCCGGGCUCUGGAACCGCCUGAUCAACCAAUAUAUUCGCCCUCACGGGGAGCGCGAGAUUAAUAUCCCCUGCGACAUCCGAUCGCAGCUGAUGCAGCAGUUCCACAAGCACGGGGAUGACCCUCCUCCACCCGAAAUACUCGAUCGGGUCGUGAAUAACAUCAAGGAGCUCCUGCGGGGUUCCAUCCUCAUACCUUUCCUGCGAAGAUCAUCCGCGACUGCGCGCGUCCAGCCGCUCUCCAUGCCGUGUUUGAACAAUCUAUUGCCAGAGGAAGCUAUGUCUGGGCCGUUUGUCGCGGAUGAUAUACGGGUGAAUCGAUGCGCGCGAGAGGAUUAUCCUUGCGGUCGGAGUGACUCGACACGUCGGUAUGGAUUCUAUGGCGAGCCGGGGUCGAGUUCGGUGGAGGACGACGGCGAGUAUGCGAGUAGUGCGGUGAUGUCUUCUGCGUCGGACCGGUCGGAUAUACAAGAUUUUGCCUUCAGAGGGAAUGAGGGGACGACGAACUCGCGGACGAGAACGGUCACAGACCGGACUUCUCAAGAGGAUAGGAAACGUCGCGGCUGGCGAAAGAGGUUCAAGGAGGGGUUGACGAAGCAUCUUCCUCGGUCGUCGGAUUGA